AUGGAAUGUUAUUUAGCUGAGAUUGUUAGCACGCGAUCCCUCAAAAAGGAGCUGAGUGGACUCACUGGAUAUUGCGGCACGAUUACGGUAUCGGCAGAAGAAGUGGACACGGAUAUCGAAGGAGAUGCCGAGUUCCACAUAAGAGCUCAGAAGCUCGAACGACAGCACUUCAUCUGGUCAUCAGAUCCAUUUCUGAAGAUAUACAGGAUUUUGGACGAUAAUGGUCGUCAACUUGCUUAUCAAAGUGAGUAUAUAAAACGCACAGUGAACCCAGUUUGGAAAGUGUUUCACGUUGGUAUGCAGGCCCUGUGCGGAGGGGAUAAGAAGAGGCAAUUCGUCAUCGAGUGUUGGGAUCACGAUUUCCGUGGCAGGUAUUCCUAUCCAGCCCUAAUAUAA